AUGACCAUCUCCAAGAUCCACGCUCGUUACGUGUACGACUCUCGCGGUAACCCUACCGUCGAGGUCGAUGUUCACGAGGCUUGCGAGCUCCGCGACGGCGACAAGACCAAGUGGGGUGGCAAGGGUGUCCUCCAGGCCGUCAAGAAUGUCAACGAGGUCAUCGGUCCCGCCAUCAUCAAGGAGAACAUCGACGUCAAGGACCAGUCCAAGGUUGACAAGUUCUUGAUUGACCUCGAUGGCACCGCCAACAAGACCAAGCUUGGUGCCAACGCCAUCCUUGGUGUGAGCUUGGCUAUUGCCAAGGCCGGCGCUGCCGAGAAGAGUGUGCCUCUCUAUGCUCACAUCUCGGACCUCGCUGGCACCAAGAAGCCCUACGUCCUCCCCGUUCCCUUCAUGAACGUCCUCAACGGCGGUUCCCACGCUGGUGGUCGCCUGGCUUUCCAGGAGUUCAUGAUCGUCCCGUCUGCUGCGCCUUCGUUCUCCGAGGCCAUGCGCCAGGGUGCUGAGGUCUACCAGAAGCUGAAGGGCCUGGCCAAGAAGAAGUACGGCCAGUCCGCCGGCAACGUUGGCGAUGAGGGUGGUGUUGCCCCCGAUAUUCAGACCCCCAAGGAGGCCCUCGACCUGAUCAUGGAGGCCAUCGAGGAGGCUGGCUACAAGGACCAGAUGAAGAUCGCCAUGGAUGUGGCCUCGAGUGAGUUCUACAAGACGGACGCCAAGAAGUACGACCUUGACUUCAAGAACCCCGAGAGCGACCCGAGCAAGUGGCUCACGUACGAGGAGCUUGCCAACCUGUACAGCGAGCUCUCCAAGACCUACCCGAUCGUCAGCAUCGAGGACCCCUUCGCCGAGGAUGACUGGGAGGCCUGGAGCUACUUCUACAAGUCCCAGGACAUCCAGAUCGUUGCUGAUGACCUGACGGUCACCAACCCCCUCCGCAUCAAGCAGGCCAUUGAGCUCAAGGCGGCCAACGCUCUGCUGCUCAAGGUCAACCAGAUUGGCACUCUCACCGAGUCGAUCCAGGCCGCCAAGGACUCGUAUGCCGACGGCUGGGGCGUCAUGGUGUCCCACCGCUCCGGUGAGACCGAGGAUGUCACCAUCUCGGAUGUUGUCGUCGGUAUCCGCUCUGGCCAGAUCAAGACCGGUGCCCCGUGCCGGUCUGAGCGUCUUGCCAAGCUCAACCAGAUCCUCCGCAUCGAGGAGGAGCUCGGUGACAAUGCCGUCUAUGCCGGCGAGAACUUCCGCAAGGCGGUUCAGCUGUAA